AUGGUAACGCUGCGCUCUCGCAAGUCUCGGAAAACUACGCGACAGGACACUGCAAACAAAGCCAUGAACCAAGCACAGAGCGAGCCCACAAAAGAUACGGAAAAAGUCACCGAGCCAGAGACAGGCCUUCCUGAACCAACACCGAUAGCGGCUGACGAGUCCGAGUUCAAAGGCGACGGGGAGAGUCUCGACGAACUCGCACCCGAAAACGUUGGCGGCGGCAUAGACGACGACAUGGAUGACGCGGAGCCGCUCAAGGACGAUAAGGAGAAGGACCUUACUGGCGACGGUGGCGUUUUGAAACGAGUCAUCAAGCGCUCCCAGACGUCGUGGGAGCACCCAGAGUCUGGAGACGAGGUUUGCGUGCACUACGUAGGUCGCCUCAAGUCCGACGGGACCCAGUUUGACUCUUCACGCGAGCGCGGUGAGCCGUUCGAGUUCACGCUCGACAGCGGUAGCGUCAUCAAAGGAUGGGAUAUCGCAGUGAAAUCGAUGGCAAAGGGCGAAGUUGCGGUCUUCGAAAUUGCACCCUCUUAUGCGUACGGUGAGGCGGGCGCACCGCCGAAAAUCCCUCCGAACGCUACCCUCGAGUUCGAGAUCGAGCUUCUGUCCUGGCACAGUGUGCGUGACUUGUUCGGCGAUCGUGGCUGCGUUCGCAAAGUGAUCCGCGAGGGUAGCGGAUGGGAGCACGUGCGCGAUGGAGACGAGGCAGUUACCUUCUAUAGACUCGUUCGGAGAAACGGAGAACCGGUGCAGGACAGUGCUGAGCAUGAACUCAUCUUUGCUGUUCGACGGGAUACGGAGAUGCGCCCCAGUUACCAGGGCAUGCCUGUGCCGCGCUGUGUAGAGCGAGCAAUCCGGGAUAUGAAGAAAGGCGAGGUCGUCGAGCUGACCUGUGCGCCACAAUAUGCACAGGAGUUUACAACGUUGGGACUUGGCGCGAGCGAUUCGGCGGUGAUAGAGCUGCGGCUCGCAAAAUGGCAUCGCACCACGAGUCUUGCAGACGGUCAGGUAACGGUGAAGGUGCUGGAGGAAGGUGAAGGCUGGGAGCGUCCCAACGAGAUCGAUUCGCGGUGCCGAAUCGUCAUUGAUGGUAGUGGUGGCGGCAUCGAGGAAGAGGUCACGCUCGGCGACGGCAGUAUGGCUUGCACGGGCCUCGAGAUGGCACUCGCAAAAAUGAAGAAAGGCGCGGAGGCGGUUGUCACUAUCCAUAGCAAGCAGUACGCUGAUCCAGCAACGCCAGAGAGUGAGUUGCCGAAGAGCUAUCACGUGAAGCUUUGCGGUUUCACGAACGGCAAGCAAAGCUAUGAAAUGUCGCCGCAGGAGAAAAUUGAGGCCGCCAGACGCCACAAGGAAAUCGGUAACAAACUGUACAAAGAGCAACGCUACGAUCGAGCUGAGCCCCAUUAUGAUUUUAUUGUGAAUGCAUUCAGUUAUGAUGCAGACCUGCCGGCUGACCUCAAAGCAGAGGCUGCGGAACUCAUGCGGGCAGCAAGGCUCAACCUUGCCGCUGUGUACGAGAAACGCCGGCGCCCUGACAAGGUCAUAGAGCAUUGCAACAAGGUGCUCGAGCGCGAAAGCGCCCAAACCAAGGCGCUGUAUCGACGAGCGUGCGCGUACAUCGCUCGCGCCGACUACGACGAAGCAGCGAGCGACUUGCGGCGAAUCCUGGAACUCGAACCUCGGAAUGAACCAGCGCAACGCAAAUUCCAGGAGCUGAAGCGCAUUCUUCGCGAACAGGAUCGCCGCGACAAGGCCUUCUUUGCGUCCAUGUUCCGAGACGCGAAGCGCCAUCCUUCGUCAUCAUCUUCGUCAGCGGCAGCGCCAGCAGCAACUAUGUCCUCUGCUUCGUAG